AUGGCAUUAUCACCAUGCUCAUCUCUAACAAUUAAGGUGGACCGGUAUGAGCCAGUGCUUGUUAAACCCUCAAAACCAACACCUAAAGAGAUAAAACUAUUAUCAGAUAUAGAUGAUCAAGAAGGGCUGAGAUUUCAUGUUCCUGUGAUAUUCUUUUACAAGAAUAAUAACAACCCUUCAGUGAAAUUAGGGCAAGACCCCAACAGGGUCAUUAGGGAAGCACUAGGUAGAGCUCUAGUGUACUACUACCCGUUUGCCGGAAGGCUUAGGGAAGGUUCCAACGGGAAGCUCAUGGUGGAUUGCACCGGUGAAGGGGUCUUGUUCGUGGCGGCUAAGGCGGAUGUCGGGUUCGAUCAACUCGGAGAUGCAAUCCGACCACCAUCUCCAUUCCUAGAUCAGUUCUUGUAUAAUGUUCCUGGAUCGGAUGGUAUUCUUGGCUGUCCAUUGUUGUUGAUUCAG